AUGGCGACCCCCGACCUCUCGACGCUCACCUCCUCCGCCAAAGUCUUUUCCUCAAACUACACCCUGCCGCAGAUCCGCGGCAUCCACAGAUCCCUCCAUGUCGAAAUCGACGAAAAGGCGAGCCGCCUGCGCACGCAGGUCGGCAGCUCGUACCGCGACCUCCUCGGCACCGCCGACACCAUCGUCCAGAUGCGCAGGGAUAACGACGCCGUCCAGAACGUGCUCGGCGGCAUGGGCGGCCGCUGCGGCCGCGGCGUCGUUGGGUCCAAAGUGAGUGGGCUGAGCGGGUUUGAGCGGAGUGCGACGGAGCUGAGCGGCGGCGGGGCCGUCGGCGUGGCGGCGAGGGCUCGGCUGCUCGAGGCGUGCGGGCUCGUCGUCGGACGCGUGCUCCGGGGCUCCGGCGUCGGGAGCCAGGACCUGAGCAGAGGUGAUAGGGUCGUGCUCGCUAGCAAGGUGCUGGUCUUGAGUCGGCUUCUGGUGAAGAGCUUGGAGGCGGAGAAGAGGCUGGACGGCGACGUGGCGCACACGGUCGAGGCCGCGAAGAAGAGUCUGGGCGGGCUGAAGCGGAGGCUGUUGCGAAAUAUCAAGAACCUGCUGGAGCGGACGGGGGAGUCUGUGAAGCAGCAGGACAUACUCAAGGCGUUGUGCGCUUACAGCCUGGCGACCAGCUCCGGUGCGCGCGACGUCGUCGAUCACUUCCUGCGUGUCAGGGGCGCCGCCAUGGCCCUGGCAUUCGACAUCGAAGACAAGGGGCGGCAGAGGAGCACCGCGGAUGUGCUCAAGAGCCUGACGCUGUACACGAAGACGCUGCUGGACGUGCAGGCCCUGGUGCCUUUCAAGCUGUCCGACGCGCUGGCGAAUCUCAAAAAGAGCCCUUUACUGGCGGACGCGACGCUAAAGACGCUCGAGUGCCUGCGCCUCGACGUCUACGAGCGGUGGUGCGGGGAGGAGAUACAGUUCUUCACGCCCUUUGUCCGGCACGACGACCUCGACGGCCCGCAGGCGAGAGACAUGCUCUUCAGCUGGGCGAAGAAGGGCGGCGAUGCCCUUGUCGACGGCCUCAAGACGACGAUGGAGCGGAUGACGGAAUUUAAAGCCAUCACGGAGCUGCGGACGAGUGUGCUGCAGCUGUGGAUCCGCGAGGGCAGCAAGGCGCGGGGGUUCGACCCGUCAGAGAUGCUCGACGAGCUGCGCGGCGCCGUCAACGGGCACAUGCUCCACGUCGUCGAGACCAAGGUCAACAAGCUGCACCUCAUCGGGUCCGAGGUCUCGGCGACGCUGGACUUGUGGCAGGACGGCGUGACGGACGAGGCCGUCGACCUAUGGGACGUGCGGGGCUUCGACGUCGACCUGAUCCACGGCGCGGAUUACUUCCUCCAGGAGCUCGUCGCGCGGCUGCACGGCCGCAACGACGCCGUGUCCAAGGCCGUGAACGGAUUCCAGUCGUGGCGGCACAUCAUCGACGAGGUGGGCGAGGUGGUGGAGCAGCUCAAGAGGCAGCGGUGGGACAACGAUAUUGAUGAGAUUGAGGACGAGGAGACGAUCGAGACGCGGCAGCAGUUGCUGAGCAAAGAAGACCCCAGGAUGCUGCACGAGAAACUCGAUGCAACGCUGGUUAAGGCGUUCAAGGACUUGGACGGGAAGCUCUCGGGUCUCUGGCGGACCAGGGCGGAUGAGCAGAACGGCGGCAAGGUGGCCAUGUACCUCCUCCGCAUCCUGCGCGACGUGCGGGAGGGUCUACCCAAGCUCGACGCCGUCCAGACGUUUGGGUUAGAAGUGGUCCCGUCGCUCCACGAACGGCUCUCCAUCACCGUGGCCGCGCGGCCGUUGGAGACUUUCAGGAACAAGGGACUCACGCAGAAGACCGUUGUCGGGCGACCGCUGUGGGAGGGUAGCCCCGAGCUGCCCACGCAGCCGUCGCCUAGGGUAUUCCAGUUUCUGCGGGACGUCUCGACGGAGAUGGGCGAUGCGGGGAUGGAUCUCUGGAGCGCGGUGGCUGUGGGCGUCAUCAAGCGGCAUCUCAGGGCGCAAUUGGGGGAGUUGUGGCUCGAGGCCUUGGAGGCGCGUCUUGCAGAGGACGUUACCGGGGGUGUCACUGACGCGAAGUCGGAUAAUGUUACUAAGAGUCCUGGAGAUGAGGGCGCUGAUGGAAACGAGGCCGAGGCAUCCGACGCAGGGAAGCAGGAAGACGCUCCCGGCGAGGAGAAGCAAGAAGAUGCACCCACGGAAGAUAAAGGAGAGAACGAGGAGGAAACGUCAAAACAGGAAACAGAGACAGCCGAGCUAGCGGAUAAGGCAAAGGUCGACGACGGCCUCGCCCAGCAGCGCCGCGACCUCCUCAUCCAGUGGCUCUACGACGUCUCUUUUCUCCGCUGCUACCUCGAUGCCCCAACAGAGAAUGGCCGGGGCAGCGACCUCGCGAGCCUGGAGGACAGAAUCUUUAAACACACGGGCUUGGACGGCGACGCGGCGCGCCAGCGGAUUGGCAAGUCGUCACAGGAAUACCACAAGAAGACGAACCUGCUCUUCGGACUUUUGUGA